AUGAGGGCGGUGGUUUAUAAUCGACGCUUGAUCGCGGUCGCACUGAUUCGUUUUGCGUGGUUAUUCAAGAUGACCUGUGUUCCACUUGUCCCAGAGAAUUACACUCAUGUACUUGCAGAGUUCGACUGUCUAGAUCCUCUUCUUGGGGCCUUGCGAUUGGACUCUGGCAGGCUUAAGUGCACCUGUUUGGCCGUAUCCAGAAAAUGGCUCGCUUUAGGUACUUCUUCGGGAGGGUUGCACCUUAUUCAGAGAGAAGGGUGGAAACAAAGACUCAUUCUCACUCAUAAGGAGGGCUCAAUCACUCAUGUGGUCUGUUGUCCCCAUGAUGAGGACUUCAUUGCUGUUGCAACAAGCCAGGGUCUGGUGGUGGUGUGGGAGCUGCAGCUGGAACGUCGCGGCCGGCCAGAGAGAGUGAGUGUCUCCUGGGAGCACAGGAGCCAGGACAUCACUGCACUGUGUUGGGACACCAACGCCCUCAGAGUCUUUGUGGGAGACACGGCUGGAAAAGUUUCUUUUCUCAGAGCCGGGUCCUCCAAAUCAGGCAAGGGUUCAGCCUUUGUUAUUUUUACAGUUCAAACUGUAACCACUGUGGAUUCUAAAGUAGUUCAGCUCGGCUUUCAGGAUGGACGCCUUCUUGUCUCCUCUUUGAGUCGAUGUUACAUCUGUGACACAGAAAAGGAGAAGUUCUGGCGUGUGGGAAAUAAAGAGCGCGAUGGUGAAUAUGGAGCUUGUUUCUUCCCCCAGAACAGAGGCUUGUUUUCAGGGCAGCCGCCGCUGCUGUACUGUGCUCGCCCUGGAUCUCGGGUCUGGGAGGCUAAUUUUAAUGGUGAUGUCGUGAGCACUCAUCAGUUCAAGCAGCUCCUUGCGUGUCCUCCUCUGCCUCUUGUCUCCAAUAGGAAUGAACCUCAAUACAAUGUGUCUCAGAGGAGCCCACAAUCAUUGGCCUUUGCAAAACUACUCUAUUUUGGCGACCAAAAUCUUCUGACCUGGACUGACAGUGCAAUUUUCAUCUUUACACCUCAGAAUGGCCAAGUGCUCCUGUGGACUGAAGUAAAAGAUGUUGCAGAAAUUGUGGUCUACCGCAGCGAGCUGUUCUGUCUCCAUGGCAGCGGGCGCUUGUCCCACUUAACACUGCUGUCGGCCGAGCGAUGUGUGGAGCGUCUGCUUCGUCGGGAGUCAUGGCUUUUGGCCACUACCGUCUGCUGCAUGUUCCAGCACGCAAUCACUACAAGCAGAGCAAGGAAAUGUAUUCCUAUUGAUCGCCUUGAGUACCUGAAGUCUCAACUGAGCCCUUCCACAGCAGCAGAGAUGAUAGGACAAUUGGAAGAAGUGAUCAACAAACUGGAACCUCUGGACUCCGCCUCCAGCAGCCGAAGGAGCAGCAUCUCCUCACAUGAGAGCUUUAACGUCCUGGACUGUGGCAUCUAUCGAGUGAUCAGCCGUAGAGGAAGUCAGUCAGAAGAGGAAACAGGAUCCCUGAUAAACCAGUCCACGUCUGAGGAGGAACGUCUCAAAGACUUCAGCUUUGUCCAAGAAGAAGAACAUGUUGAUCAAGAGCCACAGGGCAGCGAACAUUUGGAAGUGGAGAGGUCCGAGCAGGGACUACCUUUCAACAUUCCUCUGUCGUUUCGACCAAAACCACCACGCAUUGCACUGCAAGCUGUCAAAGAAAGUGUUUCAAGUUUCAUGAAGAAGACAACAGAGAGAAUCAACACCCUUCAGAUGAAUUCCGAACUCUGGCAACGUCCUGACUUUAGAGAUGGUCCUGUCCUUGAUGUGCUGCCUCCCACAGCAACAGACACAGACAAAAUGGAAAAUAUGCUCUAUGAUGAAAUGACAAGCAGUGAAUCUGAUUUUAACGAACUGCAAUCUGCGUCAGACUCUGCAAUGACCCAAAUCCAGGACCUCUAUGUGCUCCUAGAUCCAAUCAGCCUUGAAGAAACUCUGCUGCAGUGGCUGCCGGCCCUAGAGAAUGCACUUGGUCCAGCUGAAGUUGAGCUCACAGCAUCUGGGCCUGACACAAACUGUAGUAUUCCAAUAGAUGACAAUGAACAUCUAGACCGCUUCAGAGCAAAGCAAGACCAUUCACACAGCAGCAGUGACCACGGAGAGAGCGAUUUCCACUGUGAACGUGUGUUGGGACCAAAUCAUGGGGAAAAAGACAACAAUGUUUCUAAUGGUUUUCAUGUGGAGCCUAUUCGAGUGACUCCACCCAGAGCGGUUCCUUCAGAGCUGAUGGUGACUCUGAGGCAGCUGGCAAUGCUGUACGCAGAGCACAGCUGCUUCAGGAGCCAGAGCAAAUACCCCCUGAGCUGCAACACCUUCCUGCGCCGCUACUUCUACCUCCUGGAGCCAGAGCGGCUGAGGACCAUGUGUCUGCGGUGUCACCGAGACCAGCCCCACAUCCAAGCUGCCUUCAUCCAGGCCAUGCAAGAACUCACUCAGUCCAGUAAAGUGGCUGAAGUCAUCCAGAGGGGUGAUUUGCAGCGUUCCCUUCGCAGCCUUCGAGACCUGCAGCCCUGUAGUGCAUCUGCUCUCCUGCCUCAUCUCUACAGGUUGUGCGAGAAACACGGAGAGGCCACUGUUCGCUCCUUAUCCCAGUUUUAUCCAACUAUUUCUCCAGCCGAUGUCAUGGCUAUGGCUGAUCAGAGACACUUCUUGGCAUAUUUGGAUAAUCUGGUCCACUCUCGGGCAGAAGAUCACAGGUUGUCAUUUCUUCAGUCUCUUUUGGACCCAGAGUCUUUGAGGUUGGAAUGGCUUGAACUUGCUCUUUCCAAUGACGCUCCUUUGCUCUGUGAUACGGUGACCCCUGGUGGAGAUGCAAGGUGGCAUUCCCAUUGCUUUAGCUGGGGCUAUGGACGCCUCCUCUCGCUUCUUGUUCGUCUGCCGGCUGACCUUUCCUCCAAGCAGGCCAUGGCAGACAGCUGUAGGACUCAUGGAUAUUGGAUAGGAUACCUCUAUCUUUGUAAUCAGCUCCAGAGAAGAUCAGAGGCUUUUUCCACCAUAUGUCUCCUGGACGACAUCAACCUUUUGGAGGAACCUGAAGGGGUGCAGCCUCAGACGCUGGAUGAGUGGAAGCUGCUGAUGCAGCUGUCCCAGCAGAGCAGUGCUGCUUCUGAGCUCCAGGGGCUGAAUGGAGGUGUCUGCUCUGAUGAUCCUGGGGCGAGUGUGGGGAAGGUGACUCCAGAGACCCUGACGCUGAUGCUGGCUCGCAGCGCUGGUCCCGACGUGGCUCUGGACGUCCUGGAGAAAUGUGGGCUGCAGCUGAUUCUGUCGCCUCACUCACAGCUCAUCUGCGAGCUGCUCCGGGUGACUGAGAAGAGACAGAGGGCAAUAAUCCAGACGAUGCUUGAGAGAGUGAAGAAGUCUUUGUCUGAAGGAUCGUUGAAGCCCAGCGACCUGUUGGCUCAGUUCAAACAGACAGAGGUCUCAGUGAGGAGCCACGUUUACGCAGCAGAACUGUUGGACAACACAGUGGAGCUGAUCCGAGAGAUGGUCUACACCCACAGCAUGGAGCAGCCACUGGCACACGAUUUGUUGAGUGACAGAGAUGUAGAAAACCUGCUGCAAGUGACCGGAUGCUCCUCCAAGCUGCAGAGGCCGCUGUGCCCCUCCGACUGUCUCUCUGAGCGCUACCGGACCAUCACCGGAGACUGCAACAACAGAAAGUAUCCCAGGUGGGGUGCUGCUAAUAUCCCGUACUCCCGCUGGCUUCCUCCCGAGUAUGAAGACGUGUGGGGCGCUCCGAGAGGCUGGGACCCGGACCACAUGUAUCAUAACUUCAGCCUUCCUCCAGUGCGGCGUGUGUCCCAAGAGGUGCUUUCCACUCAGAACAACAACAUUUCUCUGGACUCCACCUUGUCCCAUCUGCUCGUGGAGUGGGGGCAGUGGAUUGACCAUGAUGUGGUGCUGACGCCUCAGAGUCCCAGCACAAACGCGUUUAAGACCGGUGCCGACUGCAGCCUCUCCUGCAGCCGGGACUCUCCCUGCUUCCCCAUACAGAUUCCGUUGUCGGAUCCUCGCAGUGGCAUCCAAAGCUGUAUGCCAUUUUUCCGGUCUGCCCCGAGCUGCUCCGAGGGCCUCAUGCCUCAACGCCACCGCGAGCAGCUCAACGCCAUCACCUCAUUCGUGGACGCCAGCAUGGUCUACGGCAGCUCCUUGAACUUGGCCUCGGUCCUGAGAAACCAGUCCUCGCCUCAUGGGGCUAUGGCUCUGAACACACUCUGCAGGGAUGAGGAUCUGCCCUAUAUGCCAUUCUUGCCCCAAACACAGUCCCAGCUGGACCCCUGCGGCCCCCGGAACUCCAGCGGCCCUCCCAGAUCCUCCCUGGGGAACAAAACGUCGUGCUUUCAGGCUGGCGAUUCGAGAGCCAAUGAGCACCUGGGGAUGGUCGUCCUCCACACUCUGUUUCUGAGGGAGCACAACCGCCUAGUGAAGCAGCUGCAGCGGCUCAACCCUCACUGGAGUCCUGACACUCUCUACCAAGAAGCUCGCAAAAUCAUGGGAGCAAUUCACCAGAUAAUAACAUGGGAACAAUAUCUCCCACGGAUCCUUGGUGACAGUGCCAUGGAUGAUCAGAUUCCUCCAUACAAAGGCUACGACCCGUCAGUAGAGCCGACCAUCGCGAAUGUGUUUUCUACUGCUGCCUUCCGCUUCGCUCAUGUCACCGUGCAGCCGAUGGUGGCCAGAUUGGGUCCUGGCUACUCCACAGAAUCCGAGAAUCCCCCUCUGAGUCUGCACCAAUCGCUGUUUGCAUCUUGGCGAGUUGUACAGGAAGGGGGGAUUGACCCAGUGUUACGUGGCCUUGUGAUGUCACCAGCCAAACUGCAGACUCCGGGUCAGAUGAUGGUGGAGGAGCUGACAGAGCGGCUCUUUCAGGCUCAAGGAGGGAUCCCUCUAGACCUCGCUGCUCUGAACCUUCAGAGAGGCAGGGACCACGGGUUGCCAGGUUACGGUGCAUGGCGAGGCUUCUGCGGUCUCUCUGUUCCCAACACCACAUCAGAACUGGCUCAUAUUUUGGAAAACACCACCUUAGCGAAUACAUUCCAGGUGUUAUAUGGGACGCCACACAACAUUGAUGUUUGGGUGGGGGCCAUCUCUGAGCCUGCGCUACCCGGAGGUCGAGUGGGACCUCUGCUCUCCUGUCUUUUAGGAAGACAAUUCAGGAUUCUUAGAGAUGGCGACAGGUUUUGGUGGGAGAGAAAAGGAGUGUUCAGUAGCACCCAGAGGAAACAGCUUCACUCUGUGUCGUUGUCACGCAUCAUCUGCGACAACAGCCACAUCAGGUCUGUACCUUUAGACCCGUUCACACUCACAGAAAGCCCCGAGGACCUGCUGCCCUGCUCCCACCCUCUCAUCCCACACAUGGACCUCAGCCCCUGGAAAGAGCCAGACAAAGAUCCGAUUUGCAGCCUCAUACCCAGGAUUCACGCCGGCUACUCUCUCCUCUGCAACGCCAUGGUUCUUUACGAGUGCCAGUCUGGCUACAAGCUGCUGGGCUCCUCAUCAAUCACAUGUGACCCAAAUACCAGGAAGUGGAGGCCUGCCCCACCGUCCUGCCAGGAUAUCAACGAAUGUGAAGAAAAUGAUUCACCUUGUCCCAAAGAUGCAAAAUGCUUGAACACACCGGGAUCAUUUGUUUGUGUUGAUCAGACUAAAACAUCCUCCAUUAUAGCGGCUGUUGUUGUUGUCGUCAUCAGUGGAGCCGCUCUUUUAGCUGUGUCCAUGAUUUGUUAUCGAAAAUAUUAUCCCAAGAGAGAAUUUUUUGUAGAUACUAAAUGUUGUCAAGCAAAAAGUUGA